CGAAGGAGAUGCCAUCUCGUCAGGCUUGGACUUGCCUAUGGAUAUCUCUCCUAUCAAACCCGCCAAUGCGCAACCCUUGAAACCUCUGGGCGGAAGCGGAGGCGACGCUUUCAAAUCGCGUCGAUGAGUCAGAGCCGCUCCACUCUCAUUGUCACCUCCGUGGCACAUGUACUCGAAUGCCUCUGCCGGCCAUUGCACGGUAUUUUCUUUCAUGUUCAUCUACUUUCGUUGGUCCCACAAACGGAUCAUCCUUCACUCCAGAUACCUUUUGCACGUCCUCUGACCGACUUGUAGACUUGUAUGUGAAACUCACAACCUGGCGAGGGUGUGGGGUUGAAUUUCAAUGUCUGAUUACGUUGAGACCAUGUUUGGUCAUGUUGAAUGUGGGGGGUAUGCGGAACGGAAAAGGUAGGAUGCUAGAUUCUGAUGAUUGUUUUGCGUGCUCGAGUGCUUGCUGGAUGGAAUUUGAAAGCUGGGCGGGGAGAGUUGUGCGAAUUUGAGCGCAAGGAAAUGGCUCAGGUUCGCAGGACCAGAAACUGAUUCAUGUAC